UGAAAGUUCAUGCUUUUUGGAUCAACUUCACCGAUUGAGUGAAUUUAUGUUUCCAUGUGAUUGAACAUGAGUCGGUUAUUUUAUGCAAUAAAAUAAUUCAACUGUUUUUAUUUGAUUUUAUUUUAUGUUUGGAAUUUUUUUCUGUUUAUCAUUUGAUGUAUAUCCUUUAUCUGAAUUUUUACCUUCUAAUUAUCUGGAAGGUUCUCUAGAUUCUGUUGGACUUUGUCAUAUUUCAGUUUUAAUGAUCAAUAUCCCACAUGUCAGUUUCUAGAAAAUAUUACAUCAUAAACGUAUUAAUGAUUCUGUAAUAAUCCUGAUCUUUGAAUUUCUACCUUCCUUACAGGUGGAUCUUCGUGACAAAGCAGCUCUUAAAACAAUUUUUACUGAAACAAAGUUUGAUGCUGUAAUACACUUUGCUGGACUGAAAGCAGUUGGUGAAAGUGUACAGAAACCUUUGUUGUAUUUUAACAACAAUUUGAUUGGAACAAUCACCCUCUUGGAAGUUAUGGCUGAUCAUGGAUGCAAAAAUCUGGUUUUUUCAUCAUCUGCUACUGUCUAUGGUUGGCCAAAGGAGGUCCCUUGUACAGAAGAGUUCCCCCUCUCUGCAGCAAAUCCAUAUGGACGAACCAAGCUGUUUAUUGAAGAGAUAUGCCGCGAUAUCCACUGUUCAGACUCUGAAUGGAAGAUUAUACUUCUAAGAUACUUUAAUCCUGUUGGGGCACAUCCUAGUGGCCAGAUUGGUGAGGAUCCCCGUGGAAUUCCAAACAAUUUGAUGCCUUUUGUACAGCAAGUGGCUGUUGGCAGGCGGCCAGCCUUGACUGUAUUUGGAAAUGAUUAUUCAACAAAAGAUGGUACUGGGGUACGUGAUUACAUCCAUGUUGUUGACUUGGCAGAUGGGCACAUAGCUGCACUGUGCAAAUUGUCUGAUUCAAAAAUAGGUUGCGAGGUUUACAACUUAGGAACAGGAAAAGGUACAUCAGUUUUGGAAAUGGUUGCAGCAUUUGAAGAGGCUUCUGGCAAGAAAAUCCCCCUUGUAAUGGCUGGACGAAGACCUGGAGAUGCUGAAAUUGUCUAUGCUUCAACAGAGAAAGCUGAGCAUGAAUUGAAGUGGAAGGCAAAAUAUGGCAUUGAGGAAAUGUGCAGGGAUCAAUGGAACUGGGCCAGCAAGAACCCUUAUGGAUAUGGAUCUCCUGAGACGACAAAAUGAGAGAUGAUGAUUUUCUUUUCAUUCUUUUUCCCUCCCCUGAUAACUUGUCUAGCAUACCCCAGUUAGGUUUCUUCACUUCACUUAAUAUUUUCACUUUUAAAGCCAGAUAAUCAUUGAGGUUUCACCAUUAUAGGAAUAAUCGACCAUUUAACAUUAGCCUGCUCUAAACUAUACCUUAUUUAGGAGCUCCUUCUAUGGAACACCAUUACUUGUAUAUGGCAGUUAAUAAGAGGGGCUAAACCUUGAUCUUAAUAUAUAUACAUUUAGCUGUACUUUUUCAGCUAUUUUGAUGCCAUUUUAUCAAUGUAUCUAUCUAGAAAUUUUGUUUUUUUUUUUUUUAUCAGCAACCAUGUAUCUAAUGGGGAAUAAUUCAUUAUUGUAAUG